AUGGGCCCGUCAAAGCCGACUCUUCAUCCUUUGGCCACUCCCGAAACGUUGAGCUUCCCUUCGGAGCUCCGACCACGCACCUACUACACAUGCCUUGACCCGGACAGGCCGGACAAGGAGAUCAAGAAAGAGGAUGAGGAUGACGAGAUUACCAUCACUCCUCCACCAGCAUACACAGAGUUUCUCAACACCUUCAGUCCUAUUUUUUCCAGCCCUGCAACCUCCCGUGAGAACUUCUCCAAGUACAUGCUCGACAGGCCUCGUCCUUCACCUACUUCGGCUCCUACCAGUUCUACUUCUCCUUCAUUCCCCAAAGGGAGUACAAAGAUUCCUCCUCCAUAUUCUGCCUCGCGCUCAGUCGGAUCAUUGCCUUCGAAGAGUCCGGAUCACACUCGACGUUUGCCUCUCCCCCCGCCUUAUGUCUGCACAUCUAUGACAGACUCCCCGCGCAGUGCGCAUCCUCUUCGGUCCCCCUUUACCCCAUCUGAUUACAGACUGCGGGCAUUCGACUCCCCAGUCAGUGAGAACGGGACAUCGUUCAGUGUAAGGCAUGUGGUCACAACGACCAUUACCCUUAAGCGGGCCCCCCAGCUCGAGCCCCCGCCGCAGGGAAAGCGGAGAAAUAUCGCACGUCGGAAUACAUAG